GCUAGCAUGGGUACAUGUAGUUGAAUUGUUUCGAUUUUGAAGGACGAGAUAUUUCGAGAGCGUUAUGGUGCUUCCAAAUAAGGUAUUCCAAAUAAAAAGUUUUGUCACAGAUGAGACAACUAGUUCGAUGGUGCUGUAAAUACGUCUUUAACAACAAAGUAGAGAGGAUGUAUUGCCUACAGUGGUUAAUUCCAGUGCUGCUGUUACCAAAGCCAGCAAAUCCAGCACUGCUACAGACGCAUGUUAUGUUUAUGGUACUUUACCUAAUUGGAUUCUUCCUAGAACGAAAACCAUGUACUGUUUGUAGUUUAGUAUUUCUUGUCGCGGUUCUUCUAAUUUGUUAUAGUGGCAUUGGUAAUUGUCUUCUUUGGGGCUCAAAUUGUGAUACAGUGAGAUGUGACAAUAGCUAA